AUGGCUCGAUUGAAUCACGAAGCUUCGAAUCGAACGGGCAAGGUCGCAAGGAUGGCUUCUCAGAGUGGCAUUGGCGUCAGUGAAGCACUUUCUACUACCUUUGUCGACGCGGUCUCGAACAAGGGCUCUCUCAGGUUGAUAUUGGUCCACAUUGAAAAUGAAACACUCGUCCCAAGUCUGGUAAGACCACCAACAGAAUCAAAAACUGAAGUCGAAGAUUUUGAACUCCUAGCGGACAUUCUCUAUGAUGACAAACCGGCCUAUGUUCUGUUUCGGCUUGGAGAUAACGCGGACGAGGACUGGCUGUUUAUAUCAUACGUACCCGAUCAAGCUAAAGUACGGGAUAAAAUGCUGUACGCUUCUACUCGGGCAACAAUUUCGCGACAGCUUGGCGACUCCAAUUUCAAGAAAUCGAUGUUUGCAACUACGAAGGAUGACUUGACUCCACGAGGGUAUUUGGCUCACUUGGCAUCACAAAAAGCACAAGCACCUAUGACUUUGCGAGAACGAGAAUUAGCUGACAUCAAGGCCGCCGAAGGAGCUGAUUCAUCAUCGAUGGGCACAACACUGCGAAGCUCGAACGUAUGGGGCUCGGGUGAUAAUACUGUCAAUGCCAAUCUGGGAUUGAAAUGGGACGAGGAUGCUCAAAAGGCCCUGUCCUCUUGGUCAGCCGAAAACAGUGUUACGAUGGUCCAAUUCAUUAUCAACAUUCCCACCGAAACGAUCGUUGUAUCUCCUCAUGACCACUCGGGUCAAUUACAAUUUCCUGACGACCAACCAACAUACACGUUUUACAAGUUUCUUCACGAUGGAGAUUCUGAGCGUCGAGUUUUCAUCUAUUCGUGCCCAUCAAAAUCUCCGAUAAAAUCCAGGUUAAUUUACUCUUGUAAUUCUUCCUCGGUCUCAUCGAAAGGGCCCGACUAUGGAUUCACACUUGACAAGAAGAUUGAAACAUCAAGUCCUGAGGAAGUCGACAUUGAUUACAUCAAGUCUGAGCUCGGAUUGUCUUCACCUUCGACGAACUCUGAUGCUUCAAAUCUCAAACCAUCAACGGGCUUUGCCAAACCUGCCCGACCUGGCCGACGGAGAUGA